UUUCCCUUCCAGGUAUGCAUUUGGCGAUGCGAGAAGGCCAAGUACAGAGUCUGCUCGACUUAUAGAAGGAAUAGUCCAUCAACAAAUAUCUAACUUGGUAAGAAAUUUGGCUUAUAUUCUCACUCAUGACGACACUUAAUUCAAAUCACAGAAAUGAAGAGUUCCAUAGUAAAAGUUUUUUUCUAAAAUUCUGAUACUGCGAGUGAUAUACUGCCUGCGCAGAGGACAACGAAAAGUCGUUGUCUCCAGCGGGAACUCACUAUGAUUAGAUGCGAGUUAAAAAGCUGCGGGUACAACCCGCGAGAAAAGUUUACCAUACAUAUAUGAGGUCAGUGAGGAAUGUUUAAUGUGAAACACUCUGGAGACCGCAUUUCUGUAGCAAUCGUAACAUACACAUUUGCUAGCAGUCGCUAGCCUGUAGUGUUUGUCUGUAUGUGCACGAGUACAAUGCAAUCAACUAGCUGAUCAAUGGUAAAUACUAGUCCGUAGGAAAUAGGAAUAAAAAGCCACCAAUCCUUCCAAGGUAGCACAAGAACAUACAUGUCAGUACCUCCCCAACUAUCAUAUGCAUUUUAGUGCAUUGUUCUGUGUUUGAAGAAAAAUAUAUAAAAAAAAAAACACUAAAAACAUUCAAAUUGUGUUUACAAGGUUGUUCAAACAGCCGAAGUGACGGCGUUGAGAGGUGGCAAAUUCAUGCAUACAGAAGAUAUCAAAUUUCUUAUGCGAAAAGACAAGGUACCGAUUAGUGAUGUUUUCGAAAUUGAGUUGGUUGGAGUUCGCCGAAUAUAAGCGAAGUGAUCUUUUUGUUUCGUUUCUCGCAGGAGAAGUUGAAAAAGUUGAACUUGUACCUCGGUUUCAAGGAAAGCAAACAGAAGUUGGUGAAACAAGUUUCUCAAGAAGACGAUGAAAUUCUGGGAACCAUAGGUACGACAGCUCGUGUUUGUGGCAAACUUUGUUUAAGAAAUUGAUUUUCAAAAUUCUCAAUCGCAAAGUAAUUAUGACUUCUUCAUAUUUAUAUAGCUGGAAAUGAUAUGAAAAUAGGAAACAAGCGUAGACGGCUAUCUGAUUUAGGCUCGAUCGAUCAGAAAGGUAGGUAUACCAGUACAUUACUGUAUAUUUUAUGAAGCAUGCAAUGACUGCAGCUCCCUGCCAAAGACACUGGCCCAGACCCUCGUAUUCUUUCAAUGCGAGAUAACACAAAAGCAUCUGGAGACCUUCAUCCGCCAGAUACAUCAACCUCCCAGAGUCUGCCGCAGCGAGGCGUAGAGGAGAGCCUGGGAACGAGGUUGCAGGAACAUGUGAUGGUGAAUCUGCAACAAAAUGUUUGCCUUCACAAAAGGAUCCUAUAUACGUGAUGACGCGAUCUGACAUACAUUAUACACCGCUAUCAGACCGUGGGUGAUUAACAUAACUGGCAUCUGGCUAAACGCAUGUGACCCGCUUUAUCUUUUCUCUACAACAGACGAUUCUAGCUUUCUUGGAGAUGAUGGUCACGACCAAAGACGUGAGAGACAAGAGGCAAGUAAUCUUUACAGAUGAACCAUGUUAUGGUUCCUGGGUUAUGUGGUGUAAAUGUUCGAUUGAUCUCCUAAUAUGACUUUCCUUGUUGCAUUUUGCUUAGAGAGCAGAACGCCUGUCCAGAACACUGGAUACUCAGCAGUAUUUGGAAUUCGUUGAAUGUCGUCAAGCAAACUUCAGUAAGUAUCAUAUCUUCCAUCCUUAAAGAUUUACCAUAAGAGCAAUCAGGGACUAAAGCCUCUAAUUGUCCCCAGAUUUAAAGAUCUACAGUAACCACUGGACUGACAACAACAACUCCACUUUAGAUAAAAAAGCUGGAAAGUUCAAAGAAUGGUUGGAUUACUCCAACCUGACAGAUCUGAAGCCAAAUACACCUGUCAUGGAGGUGUUCAGUUAUCUCGCAUACGAAACUGUCGGGCAGGUACGUAUAUUGUAAGGUAUUGUGCCAACUCAAAUGUGGUUGCCCUGUCGUUACCAUCGUUUAGUAAUUGACUACUUUCUAAAAUUGGACUCCUUCUACUAUUGUGUUAAACGGAUGAAGAUGUAGAUGGCGAAGGUUUCUACCAAAAAGGAAUAUUCACCUUCUUGGCUAGAGUCUGGAAUGUCGAAACGUCGGGUCCUGAAUGUAAUUCUUUUAUUUUCUGAAUUGUCUACCAGAUUGUGGACUUGGCUUUGCUGGUGAAGAAAGACAGGGAGAGAAGCGAUGAACUAUCAGCAGUUAUGCCACUACUACGAGAAAACAACGCUUCAAAGAUCAACCUUCCCUUCAUAUCGACACCAUCAAUAUCUACAAGUAGGAGUUCCACCCCUACCCCGCCCAGUACCCCCACAACACCAACUGGGGGUGCUCCACCCUCGUUCCCAUCAGGCACCGGAGGUACGACGGGAGGUGGGUCAGCAGCGACGUCAUCAAACACAGGUGGCCUAAGUUCGUCAAUAGGAACGUCGAAAUCGUCAAAGAGUAAAAAGAAGAAAGCAAAGGUACUAUCCUGUACGCAAAGGUAUUCGAUAACAUGUAAUGUUCCUCCCCUUCUUUGCUAAAUUCUUUUACAUCGAUGAACUUUCAUUUCGAAAACAUGAAUUCUUGCAGCACUUUGCGUCGAAGUUAUAAAAGCUUAUGCCAGGUGCCUAAAUUAUAGCAUAGAAAAUCCCAAACAACUCUAGUAUUCUUACGAUAGCACAGUGUUUCAACUCUAUUUCAUUAGCUUCUCAUCAUCAAGUCACAUUGCCAGGAUAAAGGAGAAGACUAAGAAUAAUUUUCUUUCUUAUCUAGUUAAGUUCAAUGGUUUCAAAUGAUCUGUAUUCAGAUUGUCUUCAACCAGAACAUGUCCGUGAAGCGAUGAGACGAUACUACAGCAGUACUGGUCCAAUGGCUCCGUUUUCG